CGGGUGGCUUUGCCCGUGCCGUACCGCGUGGCUACUACUGCUAGUACUCGCCUUGCUUAUUCUGGACCUCAGUGGCGGUUGCCAUUGACAUAUGAAUCGGGGGAAGUCGGGGAUCGGGUCGGAAUUGGGGCUCAUCCAGAAGUCAAGGUUGCUGCCCCCGGGGUGUUUUCUAUUUCGUCAUUCUCUUCUAUUUCUGGCAGUGGGGAUGUACUGGACAUCGAGUUUGCCUUUUGCACGGGCCGGGCCGGGCGUUCAAUGGUGUGGUGGGGUGCUGCUUCCCUCUCUUUUUUUCAUCACGGGGGUUUUAUUAUGCGGGGUUUUGCUAAUUGCUCUCUCUCUGGGUUGCUGGUUUAUUAACAACACUCUUAUGGUCGAAACCGACGACGCUCUGAGCCGGGGUUAGGAACGGUUUUGCUUCGACUUUGCUUGCAGCUUUCUUGGCUUUCUUUCACAAAUUCCUACACUUCUGGUGUCUCGGGGGGUGUAUGUAGGGCUGCAGCUGUACUCAAUGUGACACAGAUAUCUUGUUGGGGGGGACUGCCAGUGCUACGAGAAUGGGAAUGGCAGUUUGAUGUUCAAAGUUCCAGGAGGUGUCUC